AUGGUUUCCCCCACGAGUGAUGCUCGUUUCGUGGAGGAUUGCUUACUGGCUGACAUUUGCAAUGACUUGUGCUUUUGCUUCAGGGUUGUUCUCCCUCUCCUUGGCGAAUAUAUUGAUUCCGGAUAUCGCACCCCGAAAGACCGUAUCUUGUACUCUCUGCGUUCGAACGGACGGUAUCAAUUAAUCGUUCUUGGAUGUGGUAUUGCAGGUCUUAUCUACAUUAUCAUACAAAAUGGCUUUGAUUUCACAUCUCUCAAAGCUCUUGUCAUGGCCCUAGCUUAUUUUUGGGGCCUGGCCCUUGCAAUAUACCUGAUGGGUCAUGGUCUGGUAGCCAUACCUCGCACCCUUAUUAGAAAUGCAAAUCUGGGGAACAAACUGAGGAGGAUCCAAGCCCGCGCCCCUCGAAUACAUGAUCACCUGACGGACUCCAUGGCCAACCUUGAAGAACUGGAAUAUCAAGUGUCCCAGUUGCGCGAACGGAAGACAGGUGUCCCACGAGACUUGCAAGAAUGGAUCGAUGAAUUGGUCGACAUGACUAGUAUUCCUGAAUCCAGACUUCGGGCCUCUGUUGGGGCGGAAACAUCACGAUUAAGUGUCCCUCCUGUCAUUACCACACGAUAUCUCGCAGAUGUAACUAGACGCCUGGCUCGAGUGCGUCAUCAAAACGCGCGUUUCACGAAUACAUGGAAACGCCUAGUUAAGGAAGCUGCUGAUACCCAAUGUAUCAUCGACUCUGCCGCCUCCAAGCGGCUUGAGUUUUCUCAUCCGUCCCUUUGUUCCUCUCCUAAUAGAUCACUUCCAUUUAUAACACCAACCAUACGGUAUUAUAUCUUUGUACAUAUUCUACCAGCUGGUAGAUUGGCUCUUGCGGGCUUUUUUUCCUUGGCGUCUGCCUGCGUCGUCUGGUCUGAGAUCGUCAAGUCCUUUGCUCCUCGGGUGUCUAUUGUCACCCUUUCCGUGGUCCAUAAUCCCACUAAAUCCGAACCAAUUGGAUUUAUUGGCCAGGUCGCAUCCGCGGCGUGGAUAUUUUACAUGUGCUCAGCAGCAUUCGUGGGCAUCACAGAUGCCAAAGUGUGGGGUAACCGAGCCCUAGUUCCUCGAAACACAUACGGCGAAAGCGCCUGCUGGUACGCAGGACAGGUAGCCAAACUCACAGUUCCUCUCUCCUACAACUUUCUUACAUUCCUUCCCCAAGACGUCCAGAAGAAGACGACAUUUUACCACUUCCUUGGACGUCUCAUCAACCUUACCCCGCUGGGCAAGGGUUUUGACUACGUUUUCCCAAUAUUUAUACUGAUCCCGGUUUGUGCGACGUUGUUCAACCUGUACGGGAGAGUUAGGAGCUGGUUUGAUUUUAGCCUCCUCGAAGAUGAGGAUGAAAAUGUGGAGAUUGAAGGUGGUGGGUUUGGUGUUGGAGGCUGGCGGGAAGGACGCGAAUUGAUUGAAAGGGAAUUAAAUGGACCGAGCUCCUUAGGCCUUUCACCAAAUUCAGGUAGGGCAGCAGCUUCGGUACAAAGGCCAGCACCACCUGUGCCUGCUGGUCCCACAAAUAGAGUACCCCUCGCAGAUCGCUCGAAGACUCAGUCCCGAGCGCCGAAUCGGGCUAUCCCUUCUAGCCGCGUGCCGCUGCUGGCACCGGAAGAAGAGUCGGAGGAAGAGAAUUUCUUCCAGUCAUUUGCCCACCGCGUUAAAAACACCAUUGAAACAGCCAACACACCGCAAUGGUUCCGGGGGGAUAAUGGGAGCAUCCCACGACCCAGAUGGUUGGGAGGAAGGCAGGAGCCCGAAAAUGGGAACAGGAGGAAUGAGAGUGGUACGACAGGUCUCGGGAGGUGGUUUGGAGGGAGACCCGCGGAAGGACAGCUGCGGCUAUGA